AUGCAACUCCGAUAUCAGUUACAAACCGCGAAGAAAGGAUCACUCUCAGUUGCAGAUUAUUUCAACCGAGUGAAGGGAAUCACCGACUCCCUUGCCGCUGCAUCACACCCGGUCCCUGACAAUGAUCUAAUCCUAUAUAUUCUUGGUGGUCUUGGCCCUGGAUAUGAGCCUUUUGUCACUGCCAUCACCACUCGAGCAGAUCCCAUCUCAUCUGAGGAUCUACACAGCCUCUUGCUCAGCCAUGAGCUUCAUCUCGACCAAUUCAAGACAGUGACUAAACCAUCUUCGAUGGCAUUUCUCACCACCAACACAGGACAUCCAUCUUCAUUUAAAAGUCAGUCCUCUACAACUACCACCCGCACUAAUGAUGCCAAGUCCUUUGAAAUGCCUUAUCGAGGACGCGGACGUGGUCGAGGACGCAAUCAGAUGCAAGGUCGUCGUAACAAUGGCCAGAAUGAAGGAUGGCCUAUAUGUCAAAUCUGUUCUAAUGCAGGUCAUGUAUCUCUGGACUACUACAACAGGUUAAACCUGGCUUACCAAAGCCGCCAGCCCUCAAAGCAACUUGCAGCUUACAAUGCAGAAACCGCAACCUAG